AUGAAAGGUGUUUCCCCUACUUUUCAUGCACCAAAAAAAUUGGACCCUUGUUUAGGCCAAUAUAUAUAUGUCUAUGAUCUUCCUAGUCGAUUCAAUGAUGACUUGUUGAAAGGAUGCAACACACUCAUUAAGUGGGAAAAUAUGUGUCCUUACUUAUCAAACUUAGGAUUAGGGCCUAAGAUUAUUGAGGAAUCAAAUGAAACUGUUAUUUCAAAGAAAAAUUGGUAUGCAACACAUCAAUUUUCACUUGAAGUAAUUUUUCACAACAUAAUGAAAGACUACAAGUGUUUAACCAAUGAUUCAUCACUGGCUUCAGCAAUUUAUGUACCAUACUACGCUGGUCUCGAUGUAGGUCGGUAUCUUUGGGGAGGAUUUAAUAUUUCCAUAAGAGAUGAAUCGCCGAAUCAAUUAGUGAAAUGGUUAGCACAACAAUCUCAAUGGAAACGAAUGUAUGGUAAGGAUCAUUUCAUGGUUGGUGGAAGAGUUGGAUAUGAUUUUAGGAGAGGAAGCGAUAAAGAUGAAGAUUGGGGAACAAAGCUAAUGUUUCUGCCGGAAGCUAGUAACAUUACGAUUUUACUAAUAGAAUCGUGUGCUGAUAAAGAGUUUCCUUUAUAUGAGAAUGAAUUUGCAAUUCCAUAUCCAACUUAUUUUCAUCCUUCAAAUGAUGAUGAGAUUUUUGAGUGGCAAAGGAAAAUGAGAAAUAGGAAAAGGGAAUAUUUGUUUUCAUUUGUCGGUGCUCCAAGGCCAAAUUUAACAUCUUCAAUUAGAAACGAGUUAAUCGAUCAUUGUCAAUCUUCUAAGAGUUGCAAACUUGUAGGAAAUCAUUUUGGCGAUCCCGUUCAUGUUCUGGAUGUUUUUCAGAAAUCAGUUUUUUGUUUACAACCUCCUGGUGAUUCUUUUACCAGAAGAUCAACUUUUGAUUCGAUUUUGGCCGGCUGUAUUCCUGUUUUCUUUCAUCCACAUUCAGCGUAUAAGCAAUAUAUGUGGCAUUUUCCUAAAAAUAAUUCAAGUUACUCCGUGUUCAUACCUGAAACUGAUGUCAAGAGGAAGAGAGUGAUGAUCAAUGAGACAUUGUUUAAUGUACAAGAAAGCGAAGUGUUGGAAAUGAGAGAUGAGGUCAUAAGAUUAAUUCCGAAGAUUGUAUACCGUUAUCCAAGUUCUAGGUUGGAGACACUUGAUGAUGCAUUUGAUGUAGCUGUUAAGGGAGUUCUUCAAAGAAUUGAAGAAAUGAAAAGGUAG